AUGGUUUGGCGCGGUGGAUCUCUCUCGCGGUCGUUACUCUCCGCCGCGAGAUCCAUACCAACUCGUUCCUCCGCUUCUGGCAUUCACCGUCCUUCUUCCCCUUCCAUUCGCUCUCACCUUCUCCACCCUCGCCGCCCCCUAAUUACACUCCCUAGGACUAUUGGAAUUCUCGGCUGCACCCAAUCGCUGAUGCCUCUGCACAGCGUUGACGCCGCCGCUCGUCUCACUUCUCACAUCUCCGUCGAAUCGCGCGCUUGCUGCGAAUUGUCCCAGGGUACUUGUUCCUUCCGAAGCCGUAUUUAUUACAUUAAUGUUUCAUGCUUUUUUCUGUGUAAUGUGCUGUUAGUUUCUCUGUUAUUCUACGCAACGCUUACGUUUUGA